CCGGUAGGUGGCGGUACUGCAAGUUUAUCUCGCCUACCACCAUUUGACGUCACCAAGAAGAACUAGAAGAAGAUAAGGAAGCAGCCAUCGUGGCUAGGAGGACACUCAUUCAAGGCGACUCGAGGAACCAUGGAGCGGGUUAGAUCAGCGUUUCAAAGCAUGAUGAAGAGUGAGCGGUACAGCAGGUUCACGCUGCAGCCGUCUGAGAACAGCGAAAGGCACACCGAAGUCAACCUGUCAGACUACGCUGUGGAUGACGGUGCGGAGGCGCCCGGCUCGCCCAGCUUUAGGCCCGCGCCUCCACGCAACAACAGGCGCACCGUUGCCUUCAUGAUCGUGGGAUUCCUCAUGAUUUUUGUCGCCGGCUACCUAGUUGGUUUCAUCAGCCAUCAUAAACCCAAGGUGGAGCCUGACUGCGGACAGGGGAUGAAGAGUGAAACCACGACUCCAGCGAAAGCCGCUCCGACGCAGGCUGUGCCUCCUCCAGAAGCCUCUCUGUCCUGGAAUGACCUCACUCGGCUCCUGAAAGGCAAACUCAGCAGCAACAACUUUGAACAGACUCUUAAGAAAUUCGAUGAGCCGACCCGGUCAGCAGGAAGUGAUCAAGACAUGAAACUGGCCAAUGGGAUCUUCUCGACGUUCCAGACUCUGGGGAUGCAUCCUUGGACCGACAUCCAUUACGUUCAGCUGCAGAUGCCCAACAGCGAGAUGCCCAACACUGUUUACUUUGGUUCUGACGUCUUUAAACCUAAAGGAUAUUUGGCCUACAGCAAACCUGGCAGAGUCGAGGGCCCUCUGGUGUAUGGAAACUACGGCCGUCAGGAGGAUCUGGACUUCGUGCAGCGGAAAGUUAAUCUGAAAGGUUCUGUUCUGCUGCUGAGAGCUGGAAAGAUCACUUUGGCACAACAGGUGGACAAUGCUGCCAGGAUGGGAGCUUCUGCUGUUUUGAUCUACCUCGACACUGAAGAUUACAACGUGGUUACAGAGACUGAACUCUACGGACAUGUCCAUCUUGGUUCUGGGGACCCCUACACCCCAGGAUUCCCAUCCUUUAACCACACCCAGUUCGCCCCCACAGAGUCAGCUGGCUUGCCUGAAAUCCCAGCCCAGACCAUCACCGCCAACUCGGCUGCAGCUCUGUUGAAAAAAAUCGGUGGUCCUGACGGAGGCAGUGAUUUCAGGGGUGAGCUGAAGUCUGUGGCUUACAGCCUGGGCGGCACUCAGAACAUCACUGUUGAAGUGAACAACAUCUUGGUCAACAAGGAGAUUCACAAUGUGUUCGGAGUGAUCAAAGGAUUUACUGAUCCUGAUCGUUAUGUGGUGCUGGGAGCUCAGAGGGACGCCUGGGGGGCAGGUUACACCAAAGCCACUGUUGGUGCUUCUGUGCUGAUCGAGCUGGCCAAGACGUUUCAUGAGAUGGUGGAGAAAGAUGGGUUCAGGCCAAAAAGAAGCAUUAUCUUUGCCAGCUGGAGCGCUGGAGAGUUUGGUAGCGUUGGCGCCACAGAGUGGCUGGAGGGUUAUAUGUCUUCGAUUGACCAAAAUGUCGUCACAUACAUAAACCUGGAUGGAGUAGUAAUGGGUCGCGAAAGUUUCAUCGCCUCUGCCAGUCCGCUGCUGUACGGCCUCAUGGAAAGCACCAUGAAGGAGGUGAAAAUGCCUCAAAAAGUGUCCUCAAUCUAUAAUGAAAUGGGAGCCCAGAAAUGGGAGACUGAAGUUCUCAGGCCCAUGUCGAUGGAGGAUCCUGCUUAUCCAUUCCUGGCUUUUGCUGGCAUUCCCUCCAUUUCCUUCCACUUCAUUUCAAAAGAUUUUAAGACUGCUUCGUACCCUUAUUACGGCACCGCCCUGGACAACAUGGAUCACCUGAAUUACAAAACCAACCACCGCACCAGCAACGUCACAGCUGCAGCAGCGCAGUUUGCCGGCCUAAUGACGCUGCGCUUGGUCCACGACCACUUGCUCCAUCUGGACGUAGGCAGAUACUACGGCCCCAUCACCAAAUCUGUGCUCCAGAUCUACAAGCAAGUCAACCAGCUCACACAGGCUGGGAAGUUGAAGGAUGUCAGUCCUAGCUGGCUGAACCGUGCACGCGGCGCCUACAAGCGUGCAGCUGAUGACAUCGCCAAUGCCAUCUCCAACACAGACAUGACUGAUAAUGAAGCCGCUCGUAUCCUGAACGACAGGAUCAUGAGGGUUGAGCACUCCCUCCUCUCCCCCUACGUGUCCGUAGUCGAGACCCCCUUCCGUCACCUGAUCUUCGGCCACGGCUACCACACCUUGGCGUCCAUCGCCGAAGCCAAAGACCCUGAGUUGCUCCAAACCCAGCUGGCUCUGGCCACCUGGAACCUGCAGGGAUGCGCCAACGCCAUGGUGGGGAACGUCUGGGACAUCGACGACGAGAUCUAAAGCUGUAUACAGGAAUCCAUAUGUAUGUGUGUAAGAGAGAGCAUAAAGCUGCUUAAAGGUUAAUUAUAGUGCUCCCACAUUUAAAUACCUGAAGCACAAACUGACCAUCAGAGAUCCCAUCGUUUCUGAAACCAGGGUUUAUAUUUGAUUGGUUUUCUUCCUCUGAAUUUGAGUAAGAUCUACAUGAAGAGGGAGAAAUAAUAUCUAAAAAAAAAAAAAAAAAACUGUGAACCAUAAAAGAACACCUGAGGUGGGGGGGGG